GGCCUCCUGUUUACUAUGGUGCUUGAUCAGAUUCCACUGACAAUGCCAGCACCCAUAGGCGAGGCACCUCCUGUAAUUCAACAGAGAGACGGACGGGGGGAUGAAGCAGCAACAAUAGCGGCAAGGCAGGAUUUGGUUCGACGAAACCGGCUUCGACGCGAAGUAAAUAACUCCUUGCGAGGAAGCCAUGAACUCAACCAACAGCGGCGGACCAAGCGGAACCAGAAUCCAUAUGCGCCAGCGUCAUCACGGAACCACCACGACCAGCAGGGGUUGGAGCAAGAGCAUCAAAAAGUGAAGAGAAGAGCAGAAGGUCUUCCAGGCGAGGAACUAGAGGUCUCACUUGAACCAGAGACUCCAGAAGAUGCGGAGAGUUCGUUGCCGACGAUCUACCGCACUUCCAACGGGUCGUGUCCGGUUAUCCCCCAUAACUCCAACUCUGCGGUACUACAAAAAGACCAAGAUAACGCGGCGUCGUCGACUACGAUUGUCGGCGGAUUAUCGGUGUGGGCUAGGCUGCAGCAGGCCGCAACAGCAUCGUCGCGACUGCAAUGCCCGAGCCCGCGCUGCUGUCAAGGUUGGGUACUGAACCGGGAGACCAUACAACGAUGGACAGGGGCUGCUGCGUCAGCGGCAGCAGCUACAUCAGCCGCGCAGCAGCAGCAGCAGCCGGAUGCGCCGGCACCGCCCGGAGCAAGCGACGAGGUGCAAGUGGUGGACACGGCGGUGGACCCUUCACGGGUGAGCGUGAAGGAGGCUGAGCGCCUCUUGAAGUUGAAGAAGGUGCAGACCGGGGUGCGGAAGUCAAAACCGUCUGGGGCCUCUGCGUACGCCUGGCGAUACUUUGAGGGCUACGUCAAAGGGAACUUCAAGGCGUUUGCCGUCUGCAAGCUGUGCAUGGAGCAGAAGGAGUUCGGCCGGGAAAAGAUCAAGUACAGCCAGUCGCCAUCAAACAUGCUGAGCCACCUCCACACCGAUUUUGCCGGCCAUCAAGCAGCCUUCGAAGACUGCACUUCAAGCCGCACGGCGGCGGGAAGGUCUCUGCCUGUCAGCGCCGCGGGAGCGGCGUCGGGAGCGAUCAGUGGCCCCAAGGCGUCGGCGGGGAUCGACAGCUACUUCAUCAAAGACACCGCGGGCUGACACCAACACUUAGUGCGAUGAAUGGUG